GCAGUUGCUAUCUAUUUGAACUAUCAGCCACCACUAUAGGUUCCCUCCUUGCCCACUCUGACGUAGUAUGAUCUUACAUCCAUGGAUAGUCCAUUGUCAUACUAGUGCCACUUUGAUUGUUGGGGAUAGAAUGCGCGCUCGCACGCUGUUAGUGAGGUAGGGGUUUUAAUACGUUCCUACCAACCUUUUCUUUCCUCCUUGAAGAAACAGAUCCUCCUCCCCUCCGGCCCUAAAAGCUGUCCGUCAUACGGUAAGCCCUGCCUCUUCCGGGUCUCUUCGGCUGGGCCACUGCUUCCCUCUCUCUUGCUUGCUCUCUCUCUUUUGUGAGUUAUAGCAACUGUUGCCUUGUGAAUCAAGCGCCAUAGUCACCGUAGUCCUGGUGACUGUUACUCAUCAACAACAUCUGCUCUUCCACCGCUUUCUAUUUGCUUCCUAAUCAUCACCUACAGCAGCCACCACCAGCAAGAACAACAACACAGCUUUCCACGAUUCAGAGACCACGAUGCAGACAUCAGAGUCUGGGUCAGACACAGGUUCGACUGUGACUUUACAAGCAUCUGUGGCUGGCCAGGCAGCAGUGCCCACACAGGUUGUACAGCAGGUACCGAUUCAGCAACAGGUACAGCAAGUACAGACUGUGCAACAGGUACAACAUGUCUACCCAGCCCAGGUUCAGUAUGUGGAGGGAAGUGACACAGUCUACACAAAUGGAACAAUUCGAACAACUUAUCCUUACACGGAAACCCAGAUGUAUAGCCAAAACACUGGGGGAAAUUACUUCGAAGGAAGUUCUGCACAGGCAACUACAGUGGUCUCCUCUCAUAGUAUGGUGGGCACCGGAGGGAUUCAGAUGGGUGUUGCAGGAGGACAGCUCAUUAGCAACUCAGGAGGGACCUAUCUGAUUGGCAAUUCAAUGGAAAAUUCUGGUCAUUCAGUGACUCAUACAACACGGGCCUCCCCAGCUACAAUUGAGAUGGCGAUUGAGACACUUCAAAAGUCUGAUGGUCUUUCUACUCACAGAAGCUCUCUUCUCAACAGCCAUCUCCAAUGGCUUUUAGACAACUAUGAAACUGCAGAAGGAGUGAGUCUCCCCAGAAGUACCCUUUACAACCAUUACUUACGUCAUUGUCAGGAGCACAAGUUAGAUCCAGUCAAUGCUGCCUCCUUUGGAAAACUCAUACGGUCAAUCUUCAUGGGAUUACGGACCAGAAGACUGGGAACCAGGGGGAACUCUAAAUACCAUUAUUAUGGGAUUCGUGUCAAACCAGAUUCUCCCCUUAAUCGGCUGCAAGAGGACAUGCAAUAUAUGGCUAUGAGACAGCAACCCAUGCAGCAGAAACAGAGGUACAAGCCUGUGCAGAAAGUGGAUGGAGUUCCAGAUAGUUUCACAGGAAGUGGUCAACAGACAGCCACAUCUGCUGAACAAACUAUAAUUGCCCAAAGUCAACAUCAUCAACAGUUUUUAGAUGCAUCUCGAGUACUUCCAGAGUUUGGAGAAGUUGAAAUAUCUUCUCUGCCAGAUGGUACUACCCUUGAGGACAUAAAAUCACUGCAAAGUCUUUAUCGAGAACACUGUGAGGCAAUAGUGGAUGUUAUUGUGAAUCUUCAGUUUAGCCUGAUAGAAAAAUUGUGGCAAACUUUCUGGCGCUAUUCUCCCUCUGCUCCAGCUGAUGAUGCGGCUAUUAUUGAACUGAGCAAUCUGAGUGAAAUAGAAAGUCGACUUCCAAAAGGAAAACUAAUUACUCUGUGCAAAAAUGAGUCUAUUCUGAAAUGGAUGGGUAACUGUGAUCAUGUGAUGUACCAGGCUUUGGUGGAGAUUCUCAUUCCUGAUGUCCUUAGACCUAUUCCUAGUGCCUUGACUCAGGCCAUUCGCAAUUUUGCAAAAAGCCUUGAAGGCUGGCUAUCCAGUGCCAUGAACAAUAUUCCACAGAGAAUGAUACAAAGCAAGGUUGCCACUGUAAGUGCCUUUGCCCAGACUUUGAGAAGAUACACAUCUCUCAAUCACCUGGCUCAGGCAGCUCGGGCUGUGCUUCAGAACACUUCUCAGAUCAACCAGAUGCUCAGUGAUCUCAACCGUGUGGAUUUUGCCAAUGUACAGGAACAGGCUUCCUGGGUGUGUCAGUGUGAUGACAAUAUGGUUCAAAAACUAGAAACAGAUUUCAAGAUGACUCUUCAGCAGCAGAGCACUCUUGAGCAGUGGGCGGCCUGGCUUGAUAAUGUAAUGGUGCAAGCAUUGAAACCAUAUGAAGGAAGACCCAGCUUUCCUAAAGCAGCACGGCAAUUUCUUUUAAAAUGGUCUUUCUACAGCUCAAUGGUGAUUCGAGAUUUAACCUUACGCAGUGCUGCUAGCUUUGGCUCUUUUCAUCUGAUCCGCUUGCUUUAUGAUGAGUACAUGUUUUACUUAGUCGAACAUCGUGUUGCUCAGGCAACAGGAGAAACACCUAUCGCAGUUAUGGGAGAGUUUGGUGAUUUAAAUGCUCUAUCCCCUGGAAAUAUGGAUAAAGAUGAGGGCAGUGAAGUUGAAAGUGAAAUAGAAGAAGAGAUGGAUGAAAAUGGAGGGCCACAAGCCAAGAGGGAGAAAACAGACUUAAACCAAGCAUUUCAGGUGGGCUGCUUGCAGCAGCCAGUGCUUGAGAGUGGAAUAGAGCAGAGCCUCCUGAACCCAAUUCAUAAUGAGCACAUUGUUACAAAUACUCAGACUAUCAGACAAUGCAGUGCUACUGGAAAUACAUAUACUGCAGUCUAAUAUUGAAGUGCUCCUUAACUGCAUUAGCCUUGUUGAUGCUGGACUUAAUGGGGGAGAUAGGAGAAUAGGUCUGAAAGUCGUCUUAUCAAAUUUUAGCUGUGCUGAACAUUACCUUUUAUUGGAGUUGUGAAAUAAAAUGGGUGUAUGCAAUUUGCCAGACGUUUAAAAAAAUUGUAAGCAAAAUCAUUUUACAUUGGUUAUUCAAUAUUGAGUUUUCAUAGUUUCAAGUGUCAAUGAAGACUUUUGUCAAGCUUUUAAUGUUAAUGCUUUUGUUCUCUUAAAAUUAAAAUAACUUAUUUUUUUCAUAGUUCAUAUUUUAAUGCUAAUUAUUUCUCAUAAUGAUUUCAUAUACAUAUAUUUUUAAUUAGAUGCAAAAUAUUAAAAGAAAUACUUUCUUUGACAUACUGGAUGCAUACUCAUUUGACAGUAGAUGCAUCAAAUCUGUUAUAAAAGGUGCUUUUCAUUGAACAGAACUAGAAGACUGUUUUCAUCAAAGUGUGAGCAUUCAGGGGGUAUUUUUAUCAUAAUGUUACAGGGUUGGGAAGAUCUACAGUUUUCUUUCUGUAAGGAAGAAGUGUUUUCACUGCAUUUACAAAUGCAGAAUAAGUGAUAAAAUUGUAACAAUGUGGUAAUGUGUACACUGUAGGCACACCUAAUUACCUGAUCACAUGUAAACAAUACAAGCUUCCUUUAAAAUCAACAGCUCUGGAUUAUAUUUGCAUGCCAAUUCCUCUGGUUUUGAAGAAUACUGAUUCUAUUUUAAGACCACUGCACAGAUAGGUCUGGUUGUCAAAUGGUACUGUAGUUAAUAGAAACUAAACCACAAUAGAAGUAACUUGAUUUUUUUUUAAGUGUACAUGCUACUUAUGUUGAACUGGACAUACAGGAAAACAUUCCUUUUGGAUGACUUUCUUCUAUUCUAGGCCUGUUCCUACUAUUUUAAUUAUCUGUUUUCAAAAAUGAUAAUUUAUAGAAUGUAAAAAAUGUAGCAACCUGCAUAAUCUUCUUUUUAAAAUGUAUUUCUUGAUUAAUAAAGUUAAUUUAAUUUUUUACAAAAAAUUAUUAAGGUAGUGUAACUGGCAUGCCUCCCUUGUACUUAUUCCCAAUUGCAUUAAAUUUUAAUAGGUGGCUAGAUGGAUCAUUGCUAUUUAAGAAUGUACAUCAGGGAUCGUUGUACCUCGGCUUUUACAUGGUGCCUUAAACAGAACUGAAACUAAGAUUUAGUAUUUUUUGUUAUUUUUAAUAAUGCUUAAAAUUUAUUCAACAAGGUGUGCCUGCCACUUUCAAAUUUCCUAAGUAUUAGGGGCAGGUUACAUAGUCUUCAAAGAAAUAAAGAGGGUUUUAUUAUUAAGUGAUAUUUAUAUCCCUCCUAAAAUUGAUACUAAAAAUAUUUUUUCUUGUUUCUAGUUGAAUUUCACUUUAUUACAAAUAAAAUUUGCUUGGGAACUUGAAAGCAAAACUAGCUUUAAUGCCAACGUCAAAUCUUGUUAAAGUAAAUGGACCGUAGUCAUAAGCAUGGUUAUAUAUUUUAAACUCUUGUCAGAUUUUAAUUUAAAAAAUUCAGACUAAAUAAAUAAGCAGGUACAUAUUGCAGCACAUAUUUUCAAUUUGCAUAUGUGGUAGGGUGUCAGUCUGAUGCUAGGUUUUAAUUAUUAUAUUCUAUAGUGAUAGUUUAUAGAGUCCAUAUUAAUUGAUGUUAAACAUUUAUGAUUAUUUCUGAUUAUUUUAAGCAUUUUCAUGAUUUUUAAAGCAGACAUAAAUUUGCUAGGCUAAAAUAUUGAAAAUAAUUAAAUAAAAGCAAAAAAGUGAAAGAAAGAAUAACAAAAGUAAUUUUAUAGAAAGGACUGCAUUAAAAAUGAAGGGAGUCUCUUGUUUUAUCUUGUGUGACUGUGGAUUGAUAUUUUUUAAAGUCAUAUAUACCAAAUGGGUGAACAGCAUGUGACAUGAACAGUGUAUUUUUAGCAAAGAAAUUUGUUGCGAGAGCUUUCAGAUGUAUCAAGAAUGGUUUUAGCUCAACUAAGAUGGCUUAAUACUUUUUGGGGUACAAAAUUAUUUGUAAAUUUCUUAGCAAAAUUUGGAGGCAAACCCAUCCUGCUUCAUUCUAUGUAGGCACAAUUCCUAUUUAUGUCUGUAGAUGUUUUCUGUCUCAGCAAAAAGUGCAAAUGAGGUUUGUAUUAAUUUCUCUCUAAAUUCACCUGUGCACUGAAUCCUCAUAGGUUGUGUUCUCCAAAAUAUCACUGCAUCCUGGGUUUUUUCCUUAGAAAUCAGCACCCUUCACCAAAAAUCCUAAAAACUAACCUAUGAUAAAUAUUUUCUCCCUUUUAUUUUGCAUUAUAAUAUUUUACAAAAUAAAAUAUAGUUGAAUACUCAUCAUUUUUCAUUCUUAACAUAGGGUGCCCUAUGCUGUACUGAUGGUCCCUAUUGCCUGGUUUCAAAUGUUGUGUUGACAAACUUUAAAUAUUUUUUAUUGGUAGAAUGUUGUAUUUAUUGUUGCUGAAAGAAAAGUAUGGUUGUAACAUGUAAAUCUAGAUUGCUAAGAGGUGGGACCUGAACAUCUUCUGAACAGUUAAUCACUGUUCAUGUAGUGCAAAAAGAAAACAAAAUAUAUGCAUACAAAGAUAGAAUUCAUAUAAUGGAUUCUAAUAGCAGUUGUCAAAACAAAUUUAAAUUAUUCCUUAUUCAGAUAACUGAAUUAAGUUUGUAUUUCUAUGAUUAUCAACUGAUUAUUCUCUCAAAUUUUAAAGUAAUAUUUUCCCCACUUUAACAAUUAAUUGACAGAAUUAAGUUGCUGUAAGCUGCUGUGCUUUGCUUUUAAAUUUACUACAAUUUAGAUCAAACAUACGCACAUGAAACAAUUUAAAUACUUUUGAUAUUUGUUAAUAGAUUCGUAUUGCUAAUGAUUUGAGCACAGAAAUAUGGAUACCUCAGUCCUAAUUAUGUAGUGUGUAGCAUGUGGCUGAAUUGCCACUCUGAAGCCUGCUUAACUCUUUUAGAGCUCUAAAGAGCUGUAGCAAGCAUCUACUGUCUAGACACUACAAGAUAAGGGCUCAUACAAUUUGUGGAUUUUACCCAAUCUUGAUGCGAAAUUUAAAAAAUUAUUUUAGAGUCGCUUCCCCCAUUGGCACAAAUUACUUAGUAAACACUGUGGCAGAAUGGGAAUGGGUAUUGUUGAAUUACUUUUUCAAAACAUGGGGCCCAAUUUUCACAAGUUUGAUAUUUAUGAAAAGCUACAUUUUCAUAUUUCUCAUUGUAAAUCAGUUUUUUUAAAAGCCCCCUCUUUUCAGUUAUCUGCUUCUGUGUUUUAUUAUUAUACUGUAGCAUGCUAUGUGCAUCUUUUUUUUUUAAUGUUCCAUUAAAAAAAUGGAUAGUAUUCUUUAAAUUGUUUACUUGCAAAAUUGUGAUGUACAGCAUUUCUGCCUUUAGUUCAAAAAUGUGUAAAAUAUUGUCCUGGUGUACUGUCACUGAGGAAUGUAUAGCUUUGUAAAACAUUUCAGUUUAAACGGAAGCAUUUUUAAAUGUCUGAAAUACUGCUUCUGUUAAAAAUAUUUUCCACGGGGGAAGACCUGACCUGAUAUAUUUGUGGUUCUCACCAAAUGAUAUCAGCAUUGUUUAGAAAGACAUUUAUAUUAGUUAGCACUACAUUGCAAUCUAGCUUACUUUACAGAGUGGUUUUACAAAAUGAAAUAACCUUUUAUAAUCAUGGGAAAAAAAAGGUGGAAAAGUAACUUUUUAAAUUAUGUAAGUACUUUUUGUACUUUGUGACAGUUAUUUCAGAGUUUAAAACAUUCUUUUGUCAGAUCAGUAUAGAUUUCUGAAAAUUACAUCCUUGUCUCUGUAGAAAAGGAAAACUAUCAUGUCUGUGGUUUAAAAAUAGGUCAAUGAAUGGUAUUCUAGUAUCUUUGCUACUUUGGUGAUUAAAAAAAAUAAAAAACAGGAAUAGAAGAAUAAAUACAAAUGACUUAGUUUUAGCCUUAGAAAAUUAAUUUAAUGUAAUGCCUUGCAUUAACCCUUUGAGCAUUGUGAGGAUACACUUUUUAGGUAAUUUAAUUAGACCACUGAAAAUAUUCUAUAUAUUUAAGUAAUUGAUUGUCCUGCAGAAUUUUUUUUUAAUCUCUAAAUUAAAUAUUUGCAUUGUAGACAGAAAUGUUUUUGUUUCAAAAGGUUUAAUAGAUUUAGGUGAAAUUAUUCACUGCCACCGAUAUGUUCUGUAUGGUGCAAAACUAUUUCUGCUAUUUUCUUUUCAUAAUUGCAUAAAUAUCUGAAGAAAUAAAAUAUUUGACUCUACAGUCAUAGGUUGUUUACUUUAAGACCUCUUUACAAUACGGAGGUUUAGAAAAAGUAUUUGUACUCUUUUGGAAAUAUCUUUAGAGUGAUAUUAAAAUACUUUAAUACUGUAAAUUAAAAUCUUCACAAAUAAAACCAAAACUACUUAAUUAACAAGAAAAUUAAUUUUACAGAACCCUUGGUAUGUUUGCAAUCAAAUUUUCAGCAGUCUAUCUGAUAAACAGACAAAAAGGACAUUGUAUUCAUAUUACUUUUAACAGUCAGUCACUGUGAUAUGAACUAAUGGAAAGACAGUGGUACUAGAUUCAGCUUCCUCUACAGGGAUGCAGUUUGUAUGACAUUGAAUGUCAGAAUUUAAAAAUAAAUAAAAAACAAACCCUAGAAAUUGCACCUGCCUUCUGCUGUGUUGAAAAGUCCUUUGUUCUUACAAGUAGUACUCACCAGAACAAGGGAACAAGUUCAGAAGUGAGUAGAGAGUUGUUGAAAAUUAUAGAUAGAAAUAUCACCUUACUUAGCUUUUCUACUGGUUAAUGGCAGAAGCAAUCAACAACAGUAGGUGCAAAUGUAUUUUAUUCAAAUCUAGCUGAGUGAAAAAAGUCUCAUUACAUUUAGUGGAAUUACAUCACUAAUAUAGUGUAAGUAAGUUGUAAAGAUUUCUAGUAAGUUAAUGCAAAUUCAUGCAUAAUUAUAAUGCAAUACUCAAAGGGGUUUAAUUUAACAAUCUUUUAUUCAUAUUUUACUGUAAAUGCUCCCCAGUUUGCCUGCCUUGAAUAUUGCUGCUAGUGAUUUUAAAUGUGAGCAAACCUAACUGUAAUUUACCCAUUUUACUUAAGAGUAAAAGCCACUUACAAAGUGACUGCCUAGUUUUUGUUUGAGGAAAAUAUGCCUCAGUUUGAUCAUUUAAACUUUCGUCGUGUAUUCUAAUUUUUUUUCUUUUAAAAAAGAAACUCAGCAAUUAAAAUGUUGGGACUGGAAGCCCUGAGUAAUUACAGUUUUUGUAAAAAUUGUUCUUCACUAUAGAGAAAAAAGUCCAGAACAAGACUAUGAGCAUCAAAAUGACCCUCACUUAAAUCAGAAUCAGGGAAAGGCUCUUAUGUUCUUAAGUGCUUCCUUGAUCAUGUUGCAAAUGUCUUCAAGAAUUUUCAGCACUGAGUGAACUUUAAAAUAAUAAAUAUUUGAAAAUAAUUAAGACUGUAGAGGGACAACUUCCCUUGAUUUGGGUUCACCAGGUAUAUUUAUCCAUUAUCUUUUGACUCGCUGAUAAAAGAGUUUUUCUUUUCGAUUUUUUUACACAAAGAAUACUAAAGGGUUCUCAAAUACACUGUUAAAGUGAUUGUUCUGUAUUUAAACAUUAAAUAUCAUAUUGAAAUAACCCAAUAAACCAAUUUAAAUGUAAAAAAAAUAUAAUUAUGCACCAAAGCAAGUUUCUCAUCCUCACUGAAAAUUUGGAUUUACAGUAAUAACCAAUGAGGCUAUUGAAUAAACUUUGAGUGCCUUUCAAACACUUAGGAAAUUUUGCCUCAGGUGGUAAACUGUAAUUAGGUUAAUUCUAGAGCUUGCCAAUCAAUAAUUCUGUCGUCACUCAGGGCUUUCUUAGCUUCUAGAAAACUGACUUGGUUCCAUUUAUUUUCUACUGUAUUUUUUUAAGGUUCCAUCAUUUAAAUUUCACUUAGUAAGUGGCAGUUUACAUUAUUCAGUACGACAGGCACAGAAAUGUAAUAACACUAGGAGAAAUUGAACUUUUGUUUUCCUAUUUACUGCAUACAUUAUGUAAAUUAAGAAAACAACUUUUUUGUAGAAGGUGCAUGUGACAUAACGUAGUUUUGCAGUUUUUUAAUUUGUUGAACACACUUUUUAAUUAUUUAAGGAAAACCUCUUUACAGAAUAAUUUGAUAGGAUUUUUUUGUAUAAUGUGCUUGAUUUUGUAAAUAUGUAUUUCCUGGUGUGGUUUUUUUCUUUUUUUUUUGUGAGAAAUGGUUAAUCUUUUAGUAUAUCAUGUCCUCUCCAAAUUGGAAGGAGUUAAAUAAUAGUUUGUGGGCAAUUUGCGUUGUGUACUGUACAAUAACUAGGAAACUUUUAUAAUUCUAAAAAUAUAUAUUAACUUUUAGUGCGUUGUUUUUAAAAAUAAUGGCUGGAACAUGCUAAGGACAGUAGGAUUUUUCUGAAUAUUUCAGACGAACUCAGGCUAGUUUUCUUGUGUUUUUCAAAAUAAAAUUGUGUAUUGUCUUCUGAAAUAAAUAAAUUUGUUUUCCUGUUACAAACAUUUGACAUUUGAA